AUGUCUCAAGAAUCCAAUACACGUCUCUUUUCUGGUGUCGCUUCUAGUUUCAGUGCGUUCUCUCAAACCUUUCAAAAGCAAACCUCCCAGGCAUUUCCUGGAACUCUGAAACGAUUCACUGAUUUUACCCAGACGGUUCAGCAGCACGCACGCGAACUUCCUUCAAAGAUUAUUCAGUUACCAGAUGCACUAGAGUCAGAGCGGGAUGCUUUUAUCAAAAACAAGACAUUUGACCGACAGACAACCCACAAGACUGAACCAGUAACCCCGUGGGAAGGUUAUGGUGUCUAUGAAGAAGAAAUGAAGAAGCAUAUCAUUGCACUUUCUGCUGACCAACGAAACUUUUUGCUUGCUCCUCCAGAAGGUACCAGCUUUCAAUUUGACAUGGCAGCCUAUCGCCAAAGUGCAGUUGCAGCUCUCAAGAAUGACCCAGGACUAGAGAAAAUGCGAUUCCUCUUGGUACCUCAACAGAUAUCUGAACCAAUGUUCUGGAAAAACUAUUUUUAUCGUGUCACCUUGGUAAAGCAAACAGUGCUAGAUACACCACUGGAAACCAAGACAGCUUCCAAAAUAGAUGACGAUGUAUUGUUUGAUUUCGCUGGAACAGACGAAGAAGACGAUCAUGAACCAAUUGAGAAGAAACAGACGAAAGAUAAUAAGGUGUCAAAGGCUGAAGUGAAGAUUGAUGAAAUUAGUCCAAAUGUCGACGUAGCUGCCACCAAUGCGAAGGUCAUUGAAACCAAAAAAGAAGAAUUCGGUGAAAUGGAAGAAUGGGAGAGAGAGCUGAGAAUGGCAGCAGGUGAAAUGCCAUAG